AUGCAAAGAUUCUUUAUACUCUUUUUUAUUUUUCUGAUCAAAAAUUCGCAACAAUCCGUGCAAUGUUUGGAUAAUUCUGGAAAACCUGUAGAUUGGUAUAUUUUUUAUAAAUUGCCACAUUUAUGGGAUCAUCCGGAAAGUGUGCCGAUUUCAAAUGGUACUGGAUUCCUUUACAUGGAUCCUAAUCAAAAAACAUGGAAGCUAAUGGAAAAUGGAAUGGAUGCUCAACAAAAUAAUGCAGUUUAUUCAACUUUGGAACAAUAUUAUGGAAAUUCGGAUAACUCUUCAUAUUUUUCAUAUAUGUAUAAUGAUGAAUGGCCAGAUAGCACAAUUUGGUCGAAUAAUUCGGGACAUGCAAAAGGAGUUGUGAUGUUUGAUAAGAGUUCGGGAUUUUGGUUGAUUCAUAGUAUUCCUAAAUUUCCGAGUGUUGUUGAGUUCAGAUAUCCAUCAAAUGCUCAUUGGUAUGGACAAAUGGGAUUGUGUUUAUCAUUAGGAUUCAAUUCGCUUGCUGAUGUUGGUGAGUUUUGCUGGGAAACUGGGUUAGAAAAAAAUAGAACUUAUAUAGUAUUUUGCACUUCACGUUGAAAGAGGGAAUCUAAAAAAAAGAAACGUCUACGGAAACCUACAGUAACCUCAUUUUUUAGAUUAAAUAGUUCACUGUAACCCCCUGAAAAAAUGUAGCACCAAACAUCAAAAAAUCAACCACGUUUUUUUCGGACAAAUAAAAACUUAUCAAAGAAAAAGUAAAAACUUUUUUUGCAAUUAUCAGCGAAAAAUCAGACUACAAAUAUACAUUUUCUGUAGCUUUAAAAAUGUGAUCUUGAAAAAAAAAGAUUUAUCUCUGCAGUACAUCUUUUAAAAUCUGUAUUUUUUCCAGCUCAACAAUUAUUCUUUUACAACACAUUCACAUAUCAAUUCAAUCUUCCUGAUUAUUUUGCGAAUUCUGUUCCACUUUUAACCCGACUUCAAAAAGGAGAUUAUCAACAAUCUCCUCCUUACACAAAUUCGAAGAUUUUCAAAACUUUGGGUGGUCAAAGUUUCCGUCAUUUUGCAAAAACUGGAAGUUGGGGAAAAGAUUUGUAUUCGGAUUAUGUGAUGGGAGAAUUGAGGACUUCAAUUAAGGUUGAAACUUGGGAUCAUGAAUCUGGAACUGAGACAAAUUUGCCAUCGGUUUGCAGCCAGAAUGCACAUAUGUCGGUGAGUUUUGAGCAGUAAAAAUAGAGCAGAAAAGGGAAAUUGAUAAGGGGAAACACGUCAUUUUGUGAUGACAAUUUGGAACCACGUGGUUGAUUUUUGGUUGAAAAAUUCGUGAAGAAGAAAUUUCAGAAAAGAAAUUGAAACUUUUCAACCAGAAAUUUCUGAAAUGCUACGUGGCUCCAUAGUUUUUAGGCUCAAAAAGUUGAAUUUUUGAAAAAUUGGGAGAAUAAUAUGCCACGUUAAAGUCCAAGCCCACAUUUUUUUAGACCCUCAACGCUGCCUACAUUCGCCUUCCAUUCAACAUCAACUACAAAACCUACGAAGAUCACUCGAAAUUUGUCGUCGCUUUCAGCGAUCAAAAUCGUCUUCCAGCAGUUCCAUAUGUUUGUAUUGGAGAUAUUAAUCGACAAUCUCAUCAAUUACAUCGAGGCGGUGGAACUAUGUGUAUUUAUGAACAGGAUAUUUAUCAACAAUAUGCUAAUAUUAUAUCAGAAACUGUGCCUUGCAAUAAUAAUUAG